GGAGAUUUGUAAUAGUACGGCGGUGGAGGUGACGGAGACGGUGGAGGAGGAGACUUGUAGUAGUAUGGUGGUGGAGGUGAGGGUGAUGGUGGGGGCGGAGAUUUAUAAUAGUAAGGCGGUGGAGGUGACGGAGAUGGUGGAGGAGGAGACUUGUAGUAGUAUGGUGGCGGUGGUGAGGGCGAUGGCGGUGGUGGAGAUUUGUAAUAGUAUGGCGGCGGAGGUGACGGAGAUGGUGGAGGGGGAGACUUGUAGUAGUAUGGUGGUGGGGGUGAGGGCGAUGGCGGUGGUGGAGAGUUGUAAUAGUACGGUGGUGGAGGUGAUGGAGAUGGUGGAGGGGGUGACUUGUAAUAGUACGGUGGCGGAGGAGACGGUGAAGGCGGUGGAGGAGAGUUAUAGAAGUAAGGUGGAGGCGGAGAAGAGUAAUUAUAAGGAUCUCCCGAUACCGUACUCGAAGCGGCCAACACAACCAGCGCCACUAGGAGUCGCGGCGGUAGACGACCUCUCUUGGGGUCGCCGCCGCCGUGAACCACCAUUAUGCCCCAAGAAAAACGCGCGCACCACCAGUGCUAAUAGUUAGUUAAGCAGACUUAUAAUUGCUACACUUAAAAGGCACACUUAUAUAUCUACAAGGCCUUGGAACAUAAGCAUCUUAGGUGAGUGAGUAGUGGUGAUGACGAGAGAUAUCCCAUACCCAAACUAUUUAUAGUGAAAAUAUCGUUCCAAGUAGUUGUUGGUAUGGCGCUGUCAAAUGGGGACCAAUUCUGGCCAUUUAUUAAUCAAAAUUGUACUGUAAU